AUGCCCCUCAAACACAUAGAUCUCAAGUCAAUCCAUUCAAUAACUUCAUGUGCAAAUAUAUUCUCACCCGUUUCAGUUAUAAAAGAAUUAAUUGAAAAUUCAAUUGAUUCUAAUGCUACUUCUAUAAUAAUAACUUUAGAUUCAAUGACAUGUGGUUUAAAAUAUAUAAAUAUAAUUGAUAAUGGUCAAGGAAUCCCCAAGGAAGAUAGACAUUUAAUAUGCCAAAAUCAUACAACUUCAAAAAUUAGUGAUAUAAGUGAUAUACAAGGUAUAUCUACCUUAGGAUUCAGAGGUGAAGCUUUAUUCUUUAUAAAUCAAUUAACUUGUCAGAAUAAUAUUGGUUCAAUGGAAUUUAUAACAAGAUCAACUGGGGAUACCAUUGGUUCACAAUGGAAAAUUGGUAUGAAUGGUGAUAUUAUAGGUAACCCCAAACCCAUUGCAAUGAACAAAGGAACUCAAUUAACAAUUAAAAAUAUUUUUAAAUCAACUCCUGUUAGAUACAAAAUUUUAUCAAAAUUAAAAUCUCAAAACAUUGAAUCUUUACAAAAAUUAAUAUUCAAUUAUUCAAUAAUUCAUCCUCAUAUAAGAUUUCAAUUAAAAUUCAUAAAUAACCAUAAUAAAAUAACUCAAAAUAUAAUUUAUAAUUCCAACACACCCAAUAUAACAAAAUUUAUCCAAAAAUUAAACAUCCCACAAAAAAUACCCCAAUUAUUUGAAUUUCAAAAUCAAUCAAUUGAUCAGGAUUGGUCAUUUAAUACAAUAUUACCAAUAAUGGAUACAUCAUCUCAUCUUAUAACUUCUAAAAACAUGAUUAUAAUUUCAAUAAAUAAAAGAAUAUUAAAUCAUAAUCAAUAUAAUUCUACAGGUUGGAAAUUAUGGAAAUUAAUAAAAUCACUAUAUUCUGAGUUAAAUCUUUUUAAACCUGGGGUAUGGGUAUUAGAAUUAGAAACAAAUAAAAGACAUUUGAUUGAUGUUAAUGUUGAACCUGAAAAAAAUGAUGUUUUAAUUCAUGGAUUGGAGGGGUUGAUUGAGGGGUUGAGAGAAAAGUUGAUUGGGUUGGUUAGGGAGAUUCAUGGGAUUAAUAGAAUUGAUGAAAUUAAUAAUAAAACUAAAAAUAAUAAUUAUAAUAAUAAUACUAGUAAUAAUAAUAAAAUUGAAGAUGAAGUUGAAGAAGUUGAAAUUGAGGAUAAUGAUGAAGAAAUUGAAAUAUCAAGAGUUCAUAACAAAAAUAUUGAUUUAUAUGAUUCAGAUGAUUUAGAGUUAGAAGAUCAAUUAAAUAAAGAGAUUGACAAUGAUAAACAAUACAAGGAAAAAGAAGUUGAAGAAAUUGAAGUUGAUGAUGAUGAAGAUCUAGAAUUAGAACAAGAUCAAAAUCUAAGAUUAAAACCAAAAAUUGAUGAUAAAGAUAUUGAACCAAUCUCUAAUUCAAAUGAUUUAAUCAAUACUUCAAAUCAACAAACUACAUCAUCACAAGAUAUAGAUUGGAGUACAAAUAUGUAUGAUAAAUUAUCAUCAAGAUCUUCAACUUUAGAUCAACAACCAAUUAUGGAAUUAAUUGAUGAAGAUUUUAAUAUUUCUAAAAAUUUAAAUAUUUCAAAUCCAUUUACUUUAAUGAAUUUACAGAAAAAGGGGAAUAAUAGUAAUUAUUUAAUAACUCCUGAUAAUUCUGUUGAAAAAAUUGAUAAUGAUGAUAUUGAAGUUAAUGAAGUUGAUAAAAUCAACAAUAAAGAUGAAAUUAUUGAAGUUAAUGAAGUUAAUAAAACUAAUACAAGUAAAUCAAAGAAUACUAAACUUCCAAUUCAAUCAAGAUUAUCAACAAAACCUCAAACCAUCAAACAAAAUAAAUUCCAUAAACCCAAUAAAAUCCAUAAAAUCCACCCAAAUAGAUUACUUUUACAAAAUUAUGAAUAUCUACAAAGUUAUAAAUUAAAAUUCCCCAUACCUUCUCAAAUAACCGCAAUUCAAAAUGAAGAAAUAAUUAAACCUUUGGAAAUUAAUAACUCUUUAAUUUCCCAAAAUUUAUUUGACUAUUAUAACUCGCUAUCAAAUGUUGAAUUGAAGAAAUUUGAUAAUCUUGAUUGGUUUUAUAUUGGUUCAAAAGGUAAGUAA